UCCUCCGCGAGAACAGCAGCCACGGACCCAAAUUGUGAAUAAGAUCCGUUAUGAAGUCGGGAGAGCAAGCAAUGGCGGGCCAUGGCGGAGAGUACGGGUACCCGUACCCGCGCGUCGACCAGUACGGCAACCCAGUGGGGCCGGUCGACCAGUACGGCGUCCCCAUCCCGAGGGAGCCAAGCGAGCAGCCGGCGUACAGCUCGGGGGCCAACGCUCCGUCGUUCGGCGCUAGCGACGUCACGGCGCUGUCGGCGGCCGGUGUCACGGCCUGCGACGUCCUCGGUGGCGCGGCGCACGGCCACACGCAGGCGGGCGCGGUAGGCGUAGGCCUCGCCCCUGGCGAGACGACGGUGUACCCUCGCGAGGGCGUGGUAGCCGGCGCCGUUUCCCCGGGCGGCGCCACGCACACGCACACGCACACUCACGAGAGCGCGGUGAGCGGUGGCCUCGCCCCUGGCGAGACGACGGCGUACGCUUACGAGGGCAUGGUCGUCGGCGGCAUCGGCACGGGCGGCCAGAUCCAGCCAGUCAGGGAGGAGCACACGACGCUCGGCGAGACUUUGCGGCGCUCCGGCAGCUCUAGCUCUAGCUCCAGCUCGUCGUCGUCGGAGGAUGACGGUCACGGUGGGCGGCAGAGGAAGAAGAAGAGCCUCAAGGAGAAGAUCAAGGAGAAGCUCCCGGGCGGCCACAAGCAGGAGGAGCAUGCCAAGGCCGGGCAGGCGGUGCCGACGGCCGGGGCGGGGACGCAUGCAGCGGGGACGCACGAGAAGAAGGGCAUCAUUGAGAAGAUCAAGGAGAAGCUCCCUGGCCACCACUGAACUGAGCAACGUUACGCGCCUGACGGUUUCGCUUGAUCUUUGGCAUGUACGGCUCAUGACCUCUAAUUAGCCAUAGCUACUAGGCAGCUAGCCGAUCGCAGAGUAUCUCUCCACUAUUCUCAGUAGUCGUGUGUUUGUUGUGUAUACGCCGCUCAUCUUUUUUUUUUCAGUAGCUAGCUGAUCGCUGAGAGUAUCACUCCAUGUAAUGUGCAGUUCGUGUCAUCCGAGCUUAUCUACAUGCCGGGCCUUUGUA